AUGGUUAUUAGAAUUUUCAGUUGGUUCGGUCUAGUUACUGUUAUUAUUACUGGAUUGUUUGGUUUUGGGUGGUAUUUAACGUUUCUUGCGUUCAUCGUCUCGUUUCUGGCUGGGAUUGUCACAGUUCUUUACUUUACAUAUGACAGUAAAAGUAUAUUCUCAGUUGAUUUAGAUUGUCUGGAUGACCCAUUACAACAGACAAACUUUUCUAUUCAAGUACCAAAGGUACUAGAACUAUUUACAAAAGAAACCCCUUUGCCAAAAUUCGACAACAGAAUAACGGGAAGUGAGACAGUAGAUUCUUUCCUGAAUGAGAUUAUAACGAUAAUCAUCAACGAUUAUGUGAGUCCGUGGUAUGAGAUACUGACAAAUGACGAGGAACUUACAAACCAUUCUAUAAAACGAUUGGUGCUGGCUGCUGGUGCUAAUGUAGCUAAUAGAGUGAAAUGUGUGGAUUGGAUCCACUUAUUGUCCACCCGGUUUCCAGAAGAGUUGACAACACAUUUAAAACUGUUCAAACAGUCACGAGUGAGGUUGAAACAUGUGGAUUUGAUGACCGCUAAAGAUGUAUCCAACGGUACUUCUAGACCGAGCCCUAAGAAACAAGAUGAUAAGAAAACUCAUAGAAGAAAUAAAAGUGAUACUGACUUGUCUUGGCCGCCAGAUGCACAAACAUUUGGAAAGUCAAAGUUUUACGAUAGUUCAGAGAAUAUAAGUGGGAAGACUCUGAAGGAUAUAUUUUUCGAACUGGAAUGUUCUAUAGAGAACAGACAGUUGUGUCGCGAUAUUUAUUGUAUGGACUCUGAAAAGGAAUAUGAGCUACUAUGCGAAGUGUCGGAAGCAGUUCUAUAUUUGGUCGCGCCUGAAGAAGCGUGGCGGUGUCACGCAUUGAAACUAAUUCUGAUUGAGUUACUAUCUGCUGUUGUAUUACGACCUAUGAUUAAUUUGUUGAGCGACCCUGAUAAUAUUAAUAGGACUAUUUUGCGAAGUUGUUGUCGGGAUUCCUGCCUACCCUCGGAGCUGUUCCUGGUCGUCAUCAGGUGCUGCACCGAUGCUGAAGAGUUGGAUGCCACAGUGGAACUCGUACAAAAAGAUAUACAGAAAUUACAUUCCAGAGACAGUGCAGGUGAAUGGGAACUACAGGACAGACAGAAGCUUUCAUCCCUUCAGUACCUAAGCAGGAUAAUCCAAGCCAGAAGGGCCACUUUAGGACCACAAGAAGGUCUAUCACAUACUACUACCCCGGACAAAGUUUCUGAAGAAGUCGCGAGGUCACUCAAGUUCUUAAGAGCAAGCACUGCUUGGAGAUCUAAUGCACAGUAUUUAUUGGAGAUUGAGUUAAAUGAGGCUGAUGCACCGCACACUUCAAAAGCAGUGCUAGACAACUUACGAUCAUCAGCUCUGGAGCUCUGCGACCUAUACUUGGCUCCCAACAGACCAACUGUGAUGGGUAUACCGGAGAACUGUUAUGGAGAAUUAGUGAGGAAGAUCACGACCGAAGGCGAAGAUUUUACUAAUAACCCUGUGAACUGCUUCGAUGAGAUCCAGAAGUGUGUUUGUGAUGCUUUGGAGGACGAUCCAUCUUGGCAAAGCGAUUAUAUGAUGGAUAGCGAAGACAGUUCAGAUAAGAGCAGCGACAUAAAAAAGGACGACAAACCAGACAAGAAAUACAGCGGUGAUGUCCUACCUGUGCCUGGUACAAGACAUAACAGGUCCAGAUCUGAUAUUGUGGGCAAUUUCGCGCAAAGGAUGAUGAUCAAUGAAAGUGCUGGUCCAUCAAAUUUGUCAUCAGCAAACAAUAGCAAUCUUUCCCUAUCUCAUUCGGAAAUCAGUAGAAAUGCCAAAAACUUGAUGUCGCCUCUGUCAGCGUGUAUUAUUGAAACAGCUCUGGUACAGGACAAAGGACGAACUUUUGGUAUAUACGCCAUAGCAGUGACUAGACUAUCAGAUAACGAAGUGUGGCAUAUAUAUAGAAGAUAUAGUGAUUUCUAUGACCUACACUCUUCUAUUAAGGAUAAGUGGCCGGAAUUAAGCAGCCUCCCAUUCCCUGGAAAGAAAACGUUUCAGAAUACAUCUCGCACAGUUUUGGAAAGUCGAAAACGGAUGUUAAAUACUUACUUACAAACUUUGGCUAGUUUAGCCAGGGAUGCCAAGUAUAUGACUUUGUUGUCUCCCGACUAUUUAGGAGGGUUCCUUAGUCCGGAGAAUCAGACUGAGAAACAUAGCAACACUAUUGAUGCUCUCCUAGUGAAUUCUUUGAAAGCCGGCAUGAGGACGUUGAAGAACAUGCCUGACCAGUUCGCUAACACCGUUGAUGGAGUUAUGGAUGGUAUUUCUAAAGUGUUCCAAGGGAAGGGUGAAGAAAACUAUUACGAUGGUUUUAAAAGUGGAAAUUCAUCUGAUGGACAAGAGGAAAACGACGAGAGUGUGGCUCUGAAACUGUUCGAAGAAGUAUUAGGUAUAAGAGGUUUAUGGUUGAGAAGACGUCUGCUUGCUCCCAUCAGGACAUUGAUUGCAGAUAGAGUUAAUAAAAAGGUGCUAGAGUUCGUGUCGUCCUUAACGUCACCACGGAACGUUGUUCAAUAUUUAAAAACAUUCAAGCAGUGGUUGACAAGUCGAAAUAGUUCGAGUAUCGGCAACAGAGACGCUGCGACAAAAGCCAGGACGCGAGUCGCCGCUAAAGUCGCCUUGCUUUCUGCUUGCUCAGACGACUUGCGACAUAUAGUAGGCUCGGACACGGCUAGAAGAGGAUUGCUGACUGUAUUCGAUCUGUUCCAAAACCAGGAGAUCAAUAGGAGAUUGAUAUUUGUGCUGCUCGAAACAAUGCUAACAAACUUGUUCCCAGACAACAAUAUACCGGAAUUAUUUAAGAAGAUGUACUCACAUUCACCGCGCGUGCCUCCGCCUAAGAAAUCUGUCAACGUAUAA